UUGGUCACGUGAUCUAGAAAAAAGAAAUGCAUUGCUAGCUUCAGCUACAUAAUUUCCUCAGACAUGUGAAACUUAGGACCAUGCAUUAAAGUGGAAAAAUGUUUUGAAAGCGCAAAAUGUUAAGUUGCAAAUUUGAUUUACUAAGUUACAAAAACAGAACAGUUCAUUGAAAUGAAUUGUCAAUAAUAACAAAAAGCAAUCUGUUUUUGGUACAAUAAUAAAUAGCUGAACCAUUCUUCAGCACUGCAUUUUAAAUGCUAAUUAAGCUUAAACCGGGUCCAAUCAGCGCGAGCUAUCGACACAUGUAUAUAUAUUAGUGACUUUAUCUAGUCUUUCACCGGUAACCUAAUCCACAGCAAUUAACACGCGGGCUUUAAUAUUAGACACGUAUAGUGUGUCGAUUUCCUAUGUACUGUUUACUGGUAUACACAUGUAUUCGUGUCCCGACCUGGAUAUCAGCGUAAAACAUGGCAGGCACGGAAUGUAAGAUAUACCCAAAGAACGUUGACAAGGAGGAUAUCCCCAACGCUGAAUGAAUGGGCAAUGCAGUACGUUCAAAUACAUGGCACCCCAGUGUCGACGCUGUUGGUGGCGAGAGCCCCGACCCUUGGAUGUCUACGACAGUUUGUUCCGAUAAAACACUGAAGGAUCACCUCGAGGUUCAGGCAACGGGCUUCAGGAGGAUUAACUUUAACACCGUGGUUAACCAGUCAAAAAAUCAUGAGACAACGUUUGCGAUAAGGUGGAGUCGAGGAUUUUGUAAAGGCCGUCAUAUAUUUGAGAUAAGUUUCCCGACGUCGAUGCGAGGAAAUCAUGCUAGUGUAGGGAUUGCAAACAAAAUGGCACCAACUUACCUUCACAAAAGUGCCGCCCUAGUUGGAGAAACCAAAGAUUCUUGGGGAAUUGACCUCGUGACGUCACGAACGGUUCACAACGGAAAAGAAAUAUCAAAGUAUCCAAAAGGUGACCGACAUAAAUUGCCGGAUAGAUUUUAUAUGUACAUCGACAUCCCCGAACGGAAGUUGUUAUUUGGAGCCGAUGGAAUAUUUUAUGGAUGUGCAUUUUCCGGUAUGGACAUUGAUGGACAAACAGUGUAUCCCAUGCUAUCGGCUACAUCUCCAGGGGCAACAGUCACCAUGGUGUACAGGGGCAAAGGUGUAAUUGUGACGGGUCCCAUCCGCAAGACGAGAUAACACAUUGACAUCCGUUUCCGGUUCAUUUUGUGUGCCUUUGGAAAGCCGAAUACAGUGUUCCUGUACAAGUGAUGAACCGUAAAAACGUUUUCUCCAAAUUGCUGCUUUUUACUUAAAUGUCUUCAAAUCAAGUAGAACUCUUGGAUUUCACUGUACGUUGAAAUAUGUACCAAUCUGCAAACAGCUGUGCUCAGCGUUGGUCAAGGCACGGACUUAGAGAAUCUAAUUCCGUGGUCAAGGUCAAUGUAGACUAAAUGAUAACCAAGUUAGUCAAUGAUAUGUUUCCUUCGUUCCAUAGCUAGUUACCUUAUCAUUAAAGCAAAGAUACACAAUAUAUGUAGAAGGAGAUAUCCUAGGCUAAGAUCAUCCUAGUUUCGUCAUUUUUAUUAUUUAAAAUACUGCUGGUUUUUUUAAGAAUUUACCAAAUGUGAUACGCAUUGACAUAUUUAUCAUGGAUAAGUUUUCUAGGUGUAAUGGUGGUGGACUUUUGCCUUGUGCAUAUACGUGUGCAUGACGUCAUAUACUCAUAAUUGUCUUCAAUAUCAAAUUCGACGUAUUUCAUUGACAAAUGAUAGUCAUAGGGAUCCAUCAUGGGGUUUGGCCUAAUCAAAUCCUUUGUCAUUUAUUUGCUUCCGGUGACUAUUAUUUACACUUGUAUAUAACCAUGUACAGUUAUACGGAUACGGGGGAAACUGUAUAUUUAAAGCGAUUUAUUGACAUCUCGCCAGCUUCUAAACACGUAAACAGCAUACAAUAUUUUUAGGACAAUGCCCAAAAUCUUUCUUGUAGAAAAUGUCGAUGGAUCAGUAAUAAGUGCUUGAUAAUUAUAUAUAUCAC